AUGGAUGUGGCAGACCCGCAGCAACUGGGCAUGUUUACAGAGGGCGAGCUGAUGUCGGUGGGUAUGGACACGUUCAUCCACCGCAUCGAUUCCACCGAGGUCAUCUACCAGCCCCGCCGCAAGCGCGCCAAGCUCAUUGGCAAGUACCUGAUGGGGGACCUGCUGGGGGAGGGGUCCUACGGCAAAGUCAAGGAGGUGCUGGACUCGGAGACGUUGUGCAGAAGAGCCGUCAAAAUUCUCAAGAAGAAGAAGUUGCGGAGGAUCCCCAAUGGGGAAGCCAACGUGAAGAAGGAAAUUCAGCUACUGCGGAGGUUGCGGCACAGAAACGUCAUCCAGCUAGUGGACGUGCUUUACAAUGAGGAGAAGCAGAAGAUAUAUCCUUCGGGAUUGGGCUGGGGGACCUGGACCAUGAUACCUCUGUGUCUGUCUUCCCAGUUAUUCCAGAACUAUCUGGUGUCCCCCUGUCGCGCCAAACGGGAGUAA